AUACAUGUCUAUAUAUUCAUAUACGUGUAUGUGUAUUUCUCUCUCUCUCUCUCUCUCUCUCUCUUUCUGUCUCUCUUUCUCUCUUUCUUUCUCCGUGUUAUAUAAUAUAGUUUAAGACAUUUAAUUGAAGUGUUCGAAAAAAGAAGGGAAUAUAAUCGACGAUAAGAAAGUGUAAUUUCCGUUGUUGACAUUGAUCAGGCAAAGUUGUUGAUUCGUUGUUUCGUUAUUAUCAUCUUGUCAAUAUGAAACAAAACGGAAUACCAUUGAACGAAAUAGACUUGGAAAAUUCCACGAUACCUAAUACUGAGGAAAUAACAAUUUCCAAGAACAGAGGAGCUGAUAUUACUUAUGGCAUCGACGAUGUACCACCGUGGUAUUUGUGCUUUUUUAUGGCACUUCAGCAUUACUUGACCAUGAUUGGUGCCAUCGUUUCGAUUCCCUUCAUCCUAACGCCAGCACUUUGCAUGGCAGAAGAUGACCCUGCCAGAAGUUACAUAAUCUCAACGAUGAUCUUUGUAACUGGUCUUGUCACUCUUUUGCAAACUACAAUAGGAUGCAGAUUACCUUUGGUGCAAGGUGGUACUAUAUCAUUUUUAGUACCCACCCUUGCUAUAUUGAGUCUACCACAAUGGAAAUGUCCAGCGCCAGAAAUUUUGGAAACAAUGUCUCACGAAAAUCGUACAGAGUUAUGGCAAAUUCGUAUGAGAGAAUUAUCUGGUGCAAUCGCGAUAUCCGCAUUGUUUCAAGUUAUUGUUGGAUUUGGAGGAAUCAUCGGAUACAUGUUAAAAUUUAUAACUCCUUUAACGAUCGUACCGACCGUUUCAUUGGUCGGAUUAUCUCUCUUCGAGAAUGCUGCGGAAGCUGCAUCGAAACAUUGGGGUAUCGCUGCUGGAACGAUACUAAUGCUCACGAUGUAUUCGCAAGUAUUGAUCAAUGUACCUGUACCGAUAGUAAUGUAUCGCAAGGGCCAUGGAUUACAAGUCAUUUGGUUCGAAUUAUUUAAAUUAUUUCCUGUACUACUGACGAUCGUAGUAAUGUGGAUUAUUUGUACGAUUUUAACGGUCACCGAUACUCUGCCUGUCGGUCAUCCUGCUAGAUCCGAUAGUAAAAUUAAAAUUAUCAGUGAUUCUCCGUGGUUUAGAAUCCCAUAUCCCGGUCAGUGGGGAAUACCUACGGUUAGUUUGUCAGGUGUCCUUGGAAUGUUAGCAGGUGUUUUAGCAUGUACAGUUGAAUCUAUCAGUUAUUAUCCUACUACUUCUAGAAUGUGUGGUGCUCCACCUCCACCAGUUCAUGCUAUUAAUCGAGGAAUAGGAAUAGAAGGCUUUGGAACGAUGUUGGCUGGCCUUUGGGGCAGUGGCAAUGGUACAAAUACGUUUGGUGAAAAUGUUGGCACCAUAGGUGUAACGAAAGUAGGAAGCCGUAGAGUCAUACAAUGGGCUUGCGGACUGAUGAUUUUACAAGGACUAAUUAGCAAAUUUGGUGCGGUAUUUAUUAUCAUACCAGAACCGAUCGUUGGUGGAAUAUUUUGUGUUAUGUUUGGAAUGAUAUGCGCAUUCGGUCUCUCGGCCUUGCAAUAUGUAAAUUUGAACUCUUCGAGGAACUUAUAUAUUCUAGGAUUUUCUAUCUUCUUUCCUAUGGUACUAUCCAAAUGGAUGAUAAAACACGCAAAUGUAAUAAAUACGGGCAAUGAUAUCGUUGAUGGUGUUAUCACAGUAUUAUUAAGUACAACUAUUUUAGUUGGUGGUGUGAUUGGUUGUUUAUUAGAUAAUAUAAUACCAGGUACUGACGAGGAACGAGGUUUACUAGCUUGGUCGAAGGAGAUGGAAUUAAAUGUCGAAACGUCGGAUGAAAAACAAGGCGAGGAAUACGUACCGAAUACAUUUGAUUUUCCCAUUGGAAUGCAAUUAUUAAGAAGAUGGAAAUGGACGUCUUACUUACCAUUUUCACCAACCUAUAAGCCAAGAUCUGGUAUGUGUAGGUGUAGUACAAAAAAAUAAAUAUAUGCAUUUAGGUAUAUAUCAUAAAAAAGAUUUGUAAGAACAUGUUCGUUAUCGUAUUAUAGAUUAGAAUAAAGAUUAGAAAUAUUA